AUGUCUCUCCUUGAGAACGACUCUGGAGAUGAUGGCGAAGUCCGCCACAAACGCUUCGACUACCCUGCCCCUUCUCUUCCUGGUAUGAUCGACUUCUUCAUCAAAGACGGCAUCAGCGACGUACAGGCUGCCAUCUUGUUGAACCAGUCGCCUCAAGAAAUCCACCAGAUGAAGAAGCACAUUCGAUGCUAUCUGCGCGCACCUUGCCCCUGGAUGACGUCCGAAGAUCUCAUUACUGAUGAUGACACCAUGUUGUGUCGCAAGGAUGAACACCCCCUUGGAUGGAUGAUGCCUGCUGGCAAACAGGGAGAACUCUUCAGACACUUGGUCAUCCCACCCGUCGUCAAGCUCUAUCCCGAUCUCUUUGCAGAGCCUGAUCUCGACACUCAGAUCCGUCAGGAUCAACCCAACACCUACGGCAGAUUCAUCUAUGCACCUUUUGUCGUGCGCAAGGAAGUUCUGAUCAGAUUGAUCGAAAGCUGCGCUCAAGAUAUGAGAACUAUUCCAUGCUUGAGAGAUGCCGAGACUGAGUCUCAACAUCCCACGCCCCGCCCCAAGCUGAAGCGCUGUCGCCUCGACGGCCUCGAACUGAGUGAUACAGAGGAACAGCCCGAGCUGAAGAAACAACUGAUCAAGCCUUUUGAAUUCGCCCACGUCAAGGCUGUUGCCACACCAUCACCACCAACCCUUCCCAAGAGGGAGUCCGAUCUCGAGGCCGCACCUUCCGAAUCUGUGAAGUCGAAGCCCAGCAUCGAAAGCAUUCGCAGAGGUCCAUCGACUGUUGCGGAACUGCUCGAACAGGAGAGAGCAGUCAGAGCAAGAUCCCGCAAGCACUCUACCUCAUCCACUACUUCGGUUCGUACUCCUACCCGCGGCGAACGCCUUGAUCGCGGAAAGAACAGACUCUGGAUCAGCAUGAUGCCCAAAUGGACAAAGAAGCGCGAUGUGGCUGACUUCUUCAUCGGCUACAAUGUCGGCGCCAUCUCUCAACCGGAAAAGUUCAUGGGAUUCAGUUCUUGCUAUGCUGACUUCAGCACCCACCCACAGGCAGUGCGUGCCAUGGAGGACAUGGACGGCAUGCCCCUGCUUGGCCGCAAGGUCGAGAUCGAAUUCGCUCAGGAACACAACUCUCUCAGUGUUUGGACUAUGGCUGAAUCGGACAAGGGCAUGUUGGCAAGACGUAGACCUUGA